AUGAAGCCAUAUUCGAGGGUCCUGACAUCAGCGGAAGGUCGCGCAGAGCUGAGGGAGCUCGAGGCUGAGCAGGCUGAGCGUGAACGUCAGGAUGAGGCAAACAAACAGAAAAAGCUCACGGAGGAGCAGGAGAAGCGAGAUCGGCGAGCAGAACAGGAGCAUUCCCAAGUUGCGUUCACCGGCGCAAUCAAAGCCAAGAAGCUGGAGGAGCUACGUGACAUAGCUGCAGCCUUGCGAUUAUCGGAGAGCGGACUGAAGGCUGAGGUGUUCCAGCGGAUUCUGCAGCAUCUUGACGAAGACCCUGACCUCAAGAAAAAUCCACGUUAUGAGGGUUUAUUCAACCCUACCCAUUCUCACAGGCGCCGUCUCGAUGACGGCAAUAACACUGCUGAAUUACAACAGGAUGCGAUCCCCCCACCAAAUCCAGUUCACGAACCGUUCGGACACCAACCUCAGCCUGCGCUUGAGCCCUCGAUGUCAAGAAACCGGCACCUAGAAUUUCCCCUGCCUGGGUGUACCCCCCCAUAUUACCCGAUGCAGCAUCCUGCACCUCAACCUCACCCUCUACAUAUUUCACACCCUCACUUUACACCAGCGAGUCACAGUAAUGUGGAUUUCGGAGUUGGCAACACAGCGCAGACUCAGCAGAGGUAUUGA